AUGGCCUGCCCACUACUAACAUACUUACACCAGCCUGAUGAGCCCGAGCCGAGCGAGUGCGAGCCCGCCCAGUGCCGCUCCGCGCAAGUCCGCCGAGUGAUAAUCCACAAGCGAGUAUGGUCGACACGCACGUUUCUCAUCCUGUGGAUGCUGCGCCACCUUGGCAUGCAACACUGGGACGAGGUGUAUGGCCCGAAGUACGAGAUGUCGACGAAGACGAAGUAUAUGCACCUGACGAGCCUCAGCAUACUGCGCACGGACCCACCAGCAUCGAAGACUUGGCUGUCUACGGAUUCCGGAUCACGAACCGACGUGCACUGGUACGACAGGGGCCAAUUCGCGGUACAUAACACGCCCAAGCCUGGCACCCGGUGCGACGUGCAAGGGCCCGCCGAGCAACAGCCGAGCGUACCCCAGGUCGAUGCGCAUACGCCCGUGAAGGAUGAGCAUGGUGCACUCUAG